GUGAAAGUAAAGUUUACCUGUGUGAGAACGAAGAUCUCAGCGUUUGGGAUUAACACUUCAUAAGUACGGCAUAUGACUUAAAGCAAGAACACUGGCGCCAGACAGAAACAUCUCCAGUGUUUAACAGUGUGUGUAUGAAGAGUAGCAACUCCAAGAUGGAGCUUCACCACUCUAACAGUGGAGGAGGAACCUCAGGCUUAAAACUGCAGACUGAUGUGGCAGCAUCUCCAGCACACUGCUGUGCUUCUGUGAAGAGUGAUUUGUCCUCAUUAGAUCCUGAAUCAUUCAGCAGUAAAGUUGUCUCCCUCGAGGAAACUGAUCAGCAGACCAUGAUAGAGCCUCAUAACACUGACCUAAAGGACGGGAGACAGAGAGCAGCAUCUCCAGCACCCAGUUAUGUGUCUAUGAAGAGUAACAGCUCUGUGUUUGACCUCCCUGCAUUCAGUAAUGAAGCAACUCCUAUUGACCUCAGACUACAGAAAUCUAGAGCACAUUCUCCAGAGCCCAGCUGUGUGUCUAUGAAGAGUGACCACUCAAUGUUUCACCCUCCAGCUUUCAGUAAAGAGAGAACUGCUACCAACCCGAGACUACAGAAAUCCAGAGCAGAUUAUCCAGAGCCCAGCUGUGUGUCUAUAAAGAGUGACCACUCAAUGUUUCACCCUCCAGCUUUCAGUAAAGACAGAACUGCUACUGACCCAAUACAACAGAAAUCUAGAGCAGAUUCUCCAGAGCCCAGCUGUGUCUCUAAGAAGAGUGACCACUCAAUGUUUCACCCUCCUGCUUUCAGUAAAGAGGGAACUUUUGCUUACCCGAGAUGGGGGAAGGAUGUCCAGCUUCUGGAUCAGUCCAGUUGUGGACUAUGUCACCACCUUCUGACAGAACCAGUCUCAAUCACCUGUGGACACAGUUUCUGCAGGCAUUGUAUCAGCAGCUUCUGGGACCAUGCUGCUCUGCCAGGAGAGUUUGACUGUCCUCAGUGUCUGGUUCUACAUCCACACAAAGCAUCCAUGGAGCAGGACUGUUACCAACCAAUGGAUGAUGUCCUGCAGAGAGUCUUUGAGAGUCACAAGACCAGCAUGAAGAUCAAGUACGAGAGCUUAUUUGAGGGAAUCCAAACACAAGAAAAUAAAACUCUCCUAAACAGGAUUUACACACAGCUCUACAUCAUAGAAGGAGAGAGUGAAGGGGUGAAUGAAGAACAUGAAGUUUUCCAGAUGGAGAAGACAUCCAGAUUUAAACACAUACAAGACACUCCAAUCAACUGUGUAGAUAUCUUUAAACCUGCACAGUAUCCUAAAGUUGGGAUAGAAGAGGAAAUCUUUAGAUUUUUUAUGGCUAAUGAAAGAAAAGAAAACAUACAGAGUUCUGUGGUGAGAACUGUGCUGACUAAAGGCAUUGCUGGAAUUGGAAAAACUGUCUCUGUACAGAAGUUCAUUCUGGACUGGGUUGAGGGAAAAGCCAAUCAGAAUAUUGAGUUCAUGUUUGUGCUUCCAUUCCGAGAGUUGAACCUGAUUAAAGAUCUGUGCAGUCUUCAUGGACUUCUGAGUGACUUCUAUCCUGAAGUUAAAGAUCUGGACCCAAAGAUAUAUGAUGAGUGCAAAGCUGUGUUUAUAUUUGAUGGUCUGGAUGAAAGCAGGAUUUCUCUGGACUUCGAACUGCGCGAGAAAGUAUCUGACAUGACAAUGAUGUCAUCAGUAAAUGUGUUGAUGACUAACCUCAUCAAAGGAGAGCUGCUUCCUACUGCCCUCAUCUGGAUAACCUCCCGACCAGCAGCAGCCAAUCAGAUCCCUCCUAAAUACAUCAACCGUGUGACAGAAAUUCAGGGAUUUAAUGACCCACAGAAGGAGGAGUACUUCAGGAAGAGAAUCAGUGAUGAAGACCAAGCCAAUAAAAUCAUUUCACACAUUAAAACAGCGAGGAGCCUCCACAUCAUGUGUCACAUUCCAGUCUUCUGCUGGAUCUCAGCCACUGUUCUUCAGCAAAUCAUGAAACACAAUGAUACCGAAAUCCCUAAAACUCUGACUGAAAUGUAUGCACACUUCUUGCUCACUCAGAGGAACAUGAAGAAUGAGAAGUAUGAGGAGAAAGACGAGAGAGAUCCAAAGAACCUGCUGGAGUCCAACAGAACCAUUCUUCUGAAUCUGGCUGAACUGGCUUUCAAACAGCUGAUGAAGGGCAAUGUGAUGUUCUAUGAAGAGGACCUGAGAGAAUGUGGCAUUGAUGUCACUGAGGCCUCAGUCUAUUCUGGGAUUUGUACUGAGAUCUUUAAGGAAGAAUGUGUGCUUUACCAGAGGAAGGUCUACUGCUUUGUUCAUCUGAGCUUUCAGGAGUUCCUGGCGGCUUUCUUUGUGUUUCAUUGCUACGAGAGCAAAAACAUGGAGACACUCCAGUGUUUUAAGCCACUGAACACAAAAUGGUCUGAAAAUGUUCUACUAGAAGAUCUGCUAAUGGGAGCAGUGGAUAAAGCUUUAGAGAGUGAGAAUGGACAUCUAGAUCUUUUCCUUCGUUUCCUACUGGGCAUCUCACUGGAGUCAAAUCAGAGACUCUUACAGGGCCUACUGACACACACAGAGAGCAGCUCAGAGAGCAUCAACAAAAUUAUAAAGUACAUUCAAAAGCAAGUUAAAGGUGAAAAUGAAGUUGGAAUGGAGGAGAUGUCAGUGAUGAUGAGGAACUUGAUGAUGGAAGUAAUGAAACAAAGAAAACGUCUCCCUACUGAAAGAUCCAUCAAUCUCUACCUCUGUCUGUUUGAAAUGAAUGACCAGUCUCUCUCCAGAGAGAUCAAGGACUAUCUAAAAUCUGAGGAAUAUGUAGACAGGAAGCUCUCUCCAGGACAAUGUUCAACAUUAGCCUGCAUGCUGCAUAUCUCAGAGGAAGUUCUGGACGAGCUUGACCUGAAGAAAUACAACGCAUCAGAGGAGGGUUAUAGGAGACUAAUUCCAGCUAUUACAAACUGCAGAAAGGCUAUGAUAGAUGGCUGCUAUCUCACUAUGGACUCCUGUGAAAUACUAGCUUCAGUUUUACAAUCUGAGAAAUCCUUCCUGAAGGAACUUGACCUCAGUAACAAUGACCUACAAGAUUCAGGAGUGGAGCUUCUCUCUGAUGGACUAAAGAGUUCAAACUGUAAACUGGAGAAACUCAGAUUAGCUGGGUGUAAUCUCAAUAUGAAUUCCUGUGAAAUACUAACAUCCAUUGUGCAAUCAGCAAACUCUUCAUUGAGAGAUCUGGAUCUCAGUAACAAUGACGUGCAGGAUGCAGGAGUGGAGCUGCUCUCUCCUGGACUGUGUAAACUGGAGAUACUCAGACUAGCGAUCUGUAAUCUUGGGGGAAAAGCUUGUGAAAAUCUGGGAACAGCUUUACAACUAGUAAACUCCUCCCUAAAGGAGCUGGACCUCAGUAACAACGAUGUGCAGGAUUCAGGAGUGAAGCUGCUCUCUGCUGGACUGAUGAGUUCACACUGUAAACUGAAGACUCUCAGAUUGUCUGGUUGUAUGGUGACAGAUGAAGGGUUUUCAUCUCUGGCUUCAACUCUGAAAUCAAGUCCCUCCAACCUGAAAGAACUGGAUCUGACCUAUAAUCAUCCAGGAGAGUCUGGAGUGAAGAUGCUCUCUGAUCUACUAGAGGAUCCACAAUACCAACUGGAGAAACUCAGAAUGGAGCAUGCUGGGAUGUUGAGGAUCAAGCCAGGACUAAGAAAAUAUGUCUGUGAUCUCAAUCUGGAUCCAAAUACAGCUCAUAUAUUCCUCUCUCUGUCGGAGGGGAACAAAAAAGUGACGUGUGUGAAAGAGCACCAGCCAUAUCCAGAUCAUCCAGACAGAUUUGAUGAGUGUGUGCAAGUUCUCUGUACAGAGGGUUUGACUGGACGUUGUUACUGGGAGACUGAGUGGACAGGAGAGGAGGUUGCUAUAGCAAUGACCUAUAAAACAAUCAUCAGGAAAGGAGAGAGUGACGAAUGUAAGUUUGGAUGGAAUGAAAAGGCCUGGAGUCUAUGUUGUUUUUAUGACCCUGAAGACUCUGAGAUCACAUACGCUGCCUGGCACAAUAAGAAGGACACUGCCAUACUUGACCCUCCCUCCUUCUCCAACAGAGUAGGAGUAUAUCUGGACUGGGUGGCCGGCACUCUGUCCUUCUACAGUGUUUCACCUGACACUCACAUACUGACUCACUUACAUACAUUCCAAACUACCUUCACUGAACCCCUGCAUGCGGGCUUUAGGGUUUGGGAUGGCUCCUCAGUUUAUGUGUGUCAGAUGGAAUAGCUUUCUCUACCCAGGAGAAUACCUGAGUCUUCAGACACAGAGAGAAGGAGCAUUGCCUUUAAAGCAAUGGCUUCGUACAGAAUCUAAUUUUCCUUUGUCACUUAGUUGAUUAACCAAGACAUGUUUAGUGCCUGAAAUUUGCUUCUUUAUUUUUAGCACUGAAGCUAAAAGGCUAGUGUAGGUAACGAGUAAUGGAAGCUUAUUCCUCAACAAUUGGCAUGAAACUACAUUCCAGCCUAAAUUAUCACACGCUUGUCUCAGACCAUGUCAAGUGAUUUAGCAAUAUCAAAUAGACUUAACUAUGUUUUUCACUUUUAGUUAUGUGAUAUAUUUUGGCCUUUUUAAAAGGUAACAGUUGCCAUCACCUGCAUGUUUUAUAACUAAUUCUAGUCUCCUGUAGGCAGGUGAAAUUUUGAACUGAAAUGAAAAAUCGGUUAAAACGAGUGUUAGAUUUCAAACCUGCAAAAUAUGAAAUGGGACUUCACUUUGGCUUCAUGCUUUUUUCCUCUGUAAAAUAAAUCAGUUACAUAACUGUAUAAAACGUAUUAUCCAGUGUUGUCUACAAUGCAAGUAAACAAGUUAGAUAUUAUUGUGCUUGUUUGGGCCUGUGUGCUACACAAUAUUUUUCCAGUGUGCACAUCAGACUUAAUGAGACUUGAUAAGUGGAUGCAGAAUUUGUAUUAGCCCACGUUGUUAAUAUUUAUAAGCCUACAUAUUUAACUAUUUUAUCCAGUACCAUUAUCUAUUGUCUGGCCCAAUGUCAUAAUGUUUUUAGUUAGUUACUAUAAUCCUCUAGGUUAUCUUUGUGACUUGGUGAGUUUUUUAAGCUAUGCCUAAGCUUUGAUUUCACCAACAUGUCAAGCUUGUCACAGCCCUCUAAAUGUGAAUGUAAAGUCCUUUCAUCAUUUACUUUAAACUUUGUCAUUAAGGUGCUAUACUGAUAAUGUACUGUUGUUCCAUAAUGUGUUAAAUUUUUGGAAGUGUGUUUAAGUGUAUUGAAGCCCCAGUGAAAUAUAACAAAUAAUGUUUUAACUGAAUAUCUUUUUAUUUGUUACAUCCCAACACCCCAUGGAGGGAAAACACGUUAGAAAGUGUACUUGUCUUCACCCUCUUUGAGUGGCAGAUGCCAGUGGGCCCCAACACAACCCCUCAACAAACAGUUGUAGGUGAACUGUGCAACAAGGUUUUAGUUACAGUAAAGUGCCAGAGUUAAAAUGUUGUUGAAGAGAGUGUUCAGAUGUAUGAAAUGGAGGUCUUUAUUCUGUGGAGGUUACAGGGUUGGCAGGAGCUGGUGAAUCAGUGGGCUGCUCAUGAUCUUGGGAGGCCUCAGAGUCACUGGAGGUGUCUGGAAAAACAGAAAAUGUAAUAAGUCAUCCCUGGGCCUGUAUGCAAGGCUUUUAAAUCGGGCUUGAACUCUCAGUUUCAGUGAACCAAACAUCUGAUUCAAUGUUGCAUUCAUUCUCUUCCGCUGUCUUGUAUGCAGAGCGUGUUUAAGAUCUACCAACAGUUUUUCAAUGAUGUUCAGUUCAGAGACUGUGAUGGCCAUUCCAAAAGUUUCAGCUUGUAUUUCCUGAACUAGUUCAUAGUGGAUUUUGAGGUAUGUUCUGGAUCAUUUUCCUGUUGUAGAAGCCAGCCUCUUCUCAGCUUCAGUUUUUUGACUGACAGUGUUACACUUGCUUCCAGAAUUUGUUGAUAUUGAGUGGAAUCUAUUCUUCCAUUUCCUGCAACACUCGUUCCUGCACAAUCCUCAAGCAUAAUAGAUCCACCCCCAGUUGGCAAGGAGUUCUUUUCAUUCAAUGCUGCUCCUUUAUUUCUCAUGAGAUCACAGGAAAGGUUUUUUUCUGAUGCUUUUUCCAUACAGAUCAUGUUUGUGCAAGCAAUGCUCCACAUUAGAACAGUGCACCACCACCUGUGUCAGUUAAACCCCCUACAGAUCCUUUUCUGUCUUAUGUUUUUGUCAUAUGUUUUUGCUAAUCCUUUCUGACCAGCAUAGGAGGAAUUCUUUUUGAGAAUUUUCUUGGUCUUCCAGAUCGUAGCUUGACUUACACUGUUCCCCUGUCAUUCCUCAAUGAGAUUUUGGACAGUGGAAAUUGUGAGCUGGAAGUGCUUUUAUAUUUUUCACUUUGCCAGCUUUGUAAUCAUCAACUGGCUUCAUUGUCAGAUCCUCAGUCAGCUGAUGACAAUUACAAAAAAUCUCUGACAACUGACAAUUCCUAAUGACAAUUCUUAAUCUGUUGGACUAUUUCUAACAGUCCCUUAAGGCCUAACAAGUUCAAUAGGUUACAUGAAUUGUAGGAGAUUUGGCUAUUUUUAUUUGUAAACUGAGCGGAACUCCCAAGACAAAGUUGACCAUUUUGGCUUAAAAUACAAAGAGGAAUCACCAACCAAGUUUAUUCCAGAAUCCUCUAAGGACUCCCUCAACCCUCCUCAUCUGCCACAUUUCUCAGAUCAUGGCAGCAUUGUGCAAGAGGAGGACCUGGCCUCAAGGACCA